AUGUUAGAUCGAAAUCGUCGAAUAAAGCCUGCUCCACAGAAGUUCCAGCACGAGGAUAAAGAGUUCGACGUCAUUAUUUGCCUUGAGGAGAGGGUUUACGAUCAGGUAGUUGAUCAUCUCCACACCAGACCAACAACGAGUGGCAAUCCAGCUCAUGUAAUCAAUAUCGAUAUUGAAGACAACCCAGAAGAAGCCACAAUAGGAGCAUGGCUAGUUUGUGAACUAUGUGGAAAGUUGGACGAAUGUGACGAUUUGGACAACGAAAUAGACGAAAUUCUAGCGGAUUUUGAGGCCAAAAAUCAAAAGCGAAACAUACUGCACACCAUCUGUUUUUACUAG